CAUCCAGCAGCAUCUUCCUCCUCUCCUCUCUCUCUCCUCCUCUCUCUCUCUCUCUCUCUCACUCUCUGUGUGUGUGUCUCCUCCACCUCCAGCAGCCAUGGUCAACACCAUAUCAGCGUACACAGAGAAGAUCCAGGAGAUGUCCAUGCUGUCGCUGCUCUGCUCCUGCCUCUACACACCGCCCCGAGCCAGCGGCCUCUGCCAGGACGGGGGCCUGGAGGUGAAGAGCCUGACGCAGCGCUUGGCGGGCCAGGCGUUCGAGGUGAUCCUGGGGGCCGAGCCGUCCCAGGACAAGCGGCAGCCGCUGGCCCUGCCCCCCAGGAGGGGCGUGUCUCUGGAGGAGCUGCAGAGGAGGCAGGAGGCCGCCGAGGAGCGGAGGAAGUCCCAGGAGGCGGCGGUGCUGAAGCAGCUGGCGGAGAAGCGCGAGCGCGAGCGGGAGGUUCUGCACAAGGCCCGGCAGGAGAACAGCGCCUUCAGCAGGAAGACCGAGGAGAAGCUACAGCACAAGAUGGAGGUGAACAAGGAGAACCGGGAGGCCCGGCUGCACGAGCUCCGGCAGCGGCUGCAACUGAAGGAAGUUCACGCUGCCGAGGUUCGCAGGAACAAGGAGCUGCAGGCCGACCUGUCCGGCUGAGCCGCCCACACACACACACACACACACACACACACACACCGCCGACCGGUCCUGGCCGGUUCGGGUCGGGGAGCUGAGGUCACCCUCUGGAACAUCCUCAGAGUCAAAGCAGUGCUCACCUUCAUCAUCAUCAUCAUCGCCAUCAUCUUCUUCCUCCUGCUCCUCCUCCAGCACAGACCUGCAGGCUGAUCACACACACACACACACACACACACACACACACACACAGCUGCCGCUUCUGGACGAGUUCUCCACAUGUUCUCCACGUUCUCCACAUGUUCUCCACAUGUUCUCUACAUGUUCUCUACAUGUUCUCCACAUGUUCUCCUGCUGGACACUUGUGUCGUUCAAAGAAUAAAGUCCACUUCUGAGCC